GCAUUCAAGGCGUGUUUUUAUUUUAUAAGGUUGAGAUUCCUCCUAAGUCAAUUCGGUGCGAGAAAAUCGGUAAAAAAAUAAUGGGGAUUUGGUACAUACCCUGGGGGGUAGCCGGUUACCGAGACUCAAGCGGUACGAGGGGUCAGAGGGACCUUCUUGAAGAGAAAAGGGGGUAAAAAAGGGAAGCAAGGUCUGCCUACCCCUCUGAGCGUUUCGCCGCUUGGGGCUUGUGGUUAGCCAUUUAUAAUUAACAAGAAGUCGACCAACGCCGGGUCUCCAUGGCUUCUAGCGAUCAAAAUUGAUCAAUGUCUGUUUCGCGCUACAAGCAGACUGUCCGCGUUCCGGAUCGGGACGCGUUGCAGUUACCCACACCUUCCUUCUCGUUGCCACCAUCGCCCGGAAAUCUUCCGGGGAGAAGUCCGAACGAUACCGUAUCCUCUUCGCCGGAAAUAAAAUUUAAUUUCGUCGACGAGGCGAUGGACGCCGACGCGAUCCGCUUGGAAAAUGAAACCAAGGACACUCACAGCCGGAGACCGAGUCGAACCGAGGGGGCUUCUCAGGUUAUCCCGGAAUUUAGCCCCAGCAGAUCGCAACUGAGCGAUUUGGUGCAUUCGGUCGGAUCGACGGAGACGUCGCUGGUAUCGUCGGCAACGCACACGCCUAAUCGCGAGGGGAGUCCUGCGGGAAGGAGCGUGGAAAAACGUCCUGGAACGCCGUACGACGUGACAAAGCCCGUCCUCCAGAGGACGAGCGACGCCCUCUUCGAGCUGGCCAGAAAUGGCCUUCAACAAUACAAUCCGACGAGCGGUGAAUCGCCGCCGGGAUCCGGAAGCCCCAGGAUAUCCAGGCGGUACUCGAGGGCGAGCGUUCAUCCCUGCGUCGUCGGAAGCAAGUCCUUAACGGCACGCGACUUAUUCGCAUUUUUAGGACCAAAAUUAACACCCGCACCGCCGGACGCAAGCCCGUCAUUACCUGGCACGCCUGCCCCUCAGGACUCGGACAGCGAACAGAUGAGCAAAGAAGCGUUAUCCCGAAAAAAUGUCGGAUUCGAAACAGCGGUGGGGCCGGAAACUGACCCUGAGACGUUAUUUUUUCGUGACGGUCGUCGAAGAAUAGACAUGGUGUUGGUCUACCGGGAAGAAAACGAGGGUGUGAUGACGGAGACCGAAGCCAGAAGGAUAGAGCAGCGGAAAGUCUUCGAGCAGAAUCUCCUCAAGGAAGGCUUACAGCUGGAGCUGGAACACAAAAACACGUCGUUCGACGGCAAAACGAAUUUUUUGAAGCUCCACAUACCAUGGAAAGCAAAAAUGCAGUACGCCGAGGUGAUGAACCUGAAACUACCGACGAAAAGGUUCAUCACGAUAUCAGUAAAAGCCUGGGGCGGCGAAGGUGGUAAAGAGAAGCCAAAGUAUUGGGCAAAAUGGUCCCCGUGGAUAGAAUGGAUCCAGAGGCUCCAUUCCUGGGACACGAGCAGAAUCCCCGAGGAGCCGAGUUUUUACGCCAGUGCUGAUUCCGACGACCGGGAAGAAAGGUUCGUAGUUAAGGACAGAGACACGGCUUUCACCCCGGCCCAGAGGUCCUUGAUCGUCAUGCAAAUUUUGUUGAGGGCGCGGUACGAUGACAAUCACGAACGAGCUGGAAUCCGACGGCUUUUGGCGGACGGCACUUAUCUUGAAUGUUUCCCACUCCAUGAAGGGCCUUACGAUACUCCCGGGCCCAAUGGCGAACUCUUUGACAGACAUUUGUUGUACCUGGAAUGGGCUCGGCCUUCUAAGUGGUUCAAGAAGCAACCCUUAUGGUUGGUGAGGAGAUACUUUGGGGAUAAGGUAGCCCUGUACUUUGCCUGGUUAGGUUUUUACACGAAGGCGUUAUACCCUCCAGCUGUCGUUGGUUUGUUGUGCUUUUUCUACGGCCUCGGAAGCAUAGAAAGCGAAGAUAACAUACCUAGUAAAGAAAUCUGUGAUCCCACAUUGGCUGGAAAUAUAACACUUUGUCCUCUCUGCGACAAGGCAUGUAAAUAUCAAAAGCUGAAAGAUUCCUGCCUUUUUUCUAAACUGACAUACCUGUUCGAUAAUCCAGCAACCGUCUUCUUUGCAAUAUUUAUGUCUUUUUGGGCGACGACGUUUUUGGAGUUAUGGAAACGACGACAGGCAGUGAUAGUUUGGGAAUGGGACCUCCAAAACGUGGACGGUGACGAAGAGACCAGACCAGAGUUCGAGACCACGGUAAAAACGUAUCGCGUUAAUCCUGUGACCAGAGAAAGGGAGCCUUACCUUCCAGCAUGGUCGAGGGUUCUUCGGUUCACGGCAACCGGAUCCAUGGUAUUUUUUAUGAUUUGUGUUGUACUAGCUGCGGUUCUCGGUACAAUCAUCUACCGGAUAUCGUUAGUGUCCGUAUUUUACAACGGCGGCGGUGAAUUCUUAAAGAAACAUGCAAAAAUUUUCACUUCCACGACCGCCGCCCUCAUUAAUUUGUUCAUCAUAAUGAUCCUGACCCGGGUUUAUCACCGAUUAGCGAGGUGGCUAACGAAUAUGGAAAAUCCGAGAACUCAGACUGAAUACGAGGAUAGCUAUACUUUCAAGAUAUUUCUAUUUGAAUUUGUCAACUUUUACUCUUCGUUGAUAUACAUAGCUUUUUUUAAGGGUAGAUUCUUCAAGCAUCCAGGUGACCGGAGUGCAAGAUCCUCAGAAUUUUUCCGUAUUAAGACUGAUGUUUGUGACCCAGCCGGUUGUUUGUCAGAACUCUGUAUCCAGCUGGCGAUAAUAAUGAUUGGCAAGCAAUGCGUCAACAAUUUUCUGGAGAUUUUAUCUCCAAAGAUGUGGAAUUGGUGGCGAAAAAGAACUCAAAAGGCAGCGACGAAGGAUCGAAACAGACCUUAUACUCGCUGGGAGAAGGAUUACCAGCUUCAGGAUCCCGGUAAAAUGGCACUGUUUGACGAGUACCUUGAGAUGGUCAUACAAUACGGAUUCGUGACAUUGUUUGUCGCGGCGUUUCCGUUGGCUCCAUUAUUCGCUUUGUUGAAUAACAUUGCCGAAAUACGACUUGACGCCUACAAAAUGGUAAAGGAAGCUCGAAGGCCUCUUGCUGAGAGGGUGGAGGACAUUGGGGCCUGGUUCGGUAUUCUUCAGGGUGUAACGUACGCAGCUGUGGUAUCCAACGCGUUCGUGAUCGCUUACACUUCAGACUUUAUUCCCAGAAGCGUAUACGCCUUUGGAUACUCGGACUCGCACAACCUGACCGGGUACAUAGAUAGUUCAUUAUCGGAGUUCAAUACUUCUGAUUAUAGGGAGGACAUGGGAAGCGCUGACGAGGAUCCCGAUCCCCCUACAUGUCAGUACCGAGGUUACAGAAACGGUCCAGAUCACCCCGACGCUUACGAACUUAGUCCACAGUAUUGGCACGUUUUCGCAGCGAGACUCGCAUUCGUCGUGGUGUUCGAGCAUGUGGUGUUUGCACUGACGGGUAUAAUGAGCUAUGCAAUCCCAGCGGUGCCGAGGGCAAUUGCGACACAGAUCCAGCGAGAACGGUUGUUGGCGCAAGAAGCGAAGUACGAGAAAGGUAUCACGGGUCGGGAAGACGAAGACGAGCUUUUAACCGCUCUGCGGGAAGCUGGAAGUAUCGGUCGACCGCAAGGAGGUCGAGGAAGUUGGGCGAGGCGUUUUAGUAAAUUGAGUGAUGGCCUCGACGCCCACGUGGAGGUGGGUCCUCGGGCACACAGACAAAGUAAUUCGUCAACGGUGUGGGAAGUGAUGUAGGUCUUUUCAAUGCGUUCUCUCAUCUGAAAGUUACGAAAAAGUCAUGACGUUAUAAGUGUAUAGGUAACAGGUUGGAUAAUUAGCAGUACAAUACUUACCGCAAUAAAAAUGGGUCAACGUUUGACGUCAAACAGACUGCAAGAUCGCCUGUUUACUCAAGUCGAUUCAUAUACCUAACGAGUACAAAUCAUCGCUUUAAUCAAAAGAAAACAUAACUUUCUUUUUUCCACACUUAUCGGAUAAAAUAUUGCGAUUAUUUGUGUACAGAAACGUAGUAGUAAUAAUGAUAACUAAGUCUGCUAUACAUAUCUUUGUUUUUGUAAAUAGAAAACAGGCCACAAGAUGUCCGAAAACUCAAAACAUAUCCUUGACUCGUAAUACGAUUAUAUUAUUAAGGUAUAUGAUGUCUAAUGGAUAAAAUUUAUGAAAUAUCAGAGAAAUUAGUGUUAUAUAUAUGAAAUUUUUUUAAACUCUUAUUUCUAAUUUAUACAGAAUUUUGCAUUCUUAAAAGCAAGAUGGAACUUGGAAGAAAAUUUACACCAGUUUGGUACAUACCUAAAAUUUUACCGCUUCCAAGUUCCUGUGGAAAUCAAAUAUCAACUAGAGAGAAUAUUUAGGUUCUAAAUUUUUUAUUUUACAAUUCAAAUUUCACCCAGAGGCUAAUGUAUUUUGUCCAAUGAAAAUCUGGGAUUGUCUUGAAAUCACUGAUUCAAAUUUAUUUCUAAAUGUAAAAACAAAAUUAGAUACCAUGUCCAAGCAUCCUUAUCAUUCUUUAAAUGUUACGCUUAUUACGUCAAUCCAGUAAUUUGUUAAGACUUGAAAUCAUGCCUGUAUCAUAUAAUAUAUACAAUAUAACAUAAAAAGAAAUGAUUAAAUUCGUAUUAAAUGAAA